AUGUUCAACAAUAGACAAAGCACUCAAAAACCAGACGGAGACCUCAUCGAAAGAUUUCAGAAGACUUUCCCUUGCAUCGUCUCUUCCGGCACUCACCGCAAUGCAGUUCCCUUCGGUCAAGUUCCUGCUCCUCCCAUUACCCCGGAUAGAGUCAACAUGGAUGACGGUAUGAAGCUCAAUGACAAUGCUCUUAACAACGGUCAUGACAUGCGGUUCGCUCAAUCAUUUGUCGACCCGAGCUCCCUAUCGUUUUUCAAUUCAUUGAGCCAACAGCAAGGUUACUAUACUCCAAACUCAGGUGCAUUGGGGGCGGUCUUUCGCAGCCAAGCGGGAGACCUACACACCCCCGUGGGCAUGAGUCUGAUGAGCCCCCUUUCUCUUCCGCAGCAGAUACCAGGAGCCACCUUACCCACCGAUGGCUCAGCUAUGGGGCUUGAUCAAUUUAACCAACAGUACAUCCCGCCACACUUUCAUAACCCACAACCAUUUGCCCAGCAAGCAACGUUUGGGCCCGGCGCAUUGGUUCAUCGUGAUUCAGGCUAUGAUGCCAUGGAUGACUCUGUGGAUGAACUGUCUUUAAAUGAUGUGGACAUACAAGGAAAUGUGCCUUCACAAUUGGUCACGUCGACUGUACCGCACUCGGAUCGAUUGAAUAUCGAAACGCCGAGCGAAAAGUUUCGUUACCAUAUCACGUUGCGUGCCCCGACAGCUAUGGUUAAAGAUCAAGAUGAGAUCCCAGUGUCGUAUCUAAACAAGGGUCAGGCCUAUUCCAUCUCCGUUGCUGAUACAGCUCCGCCUGCGACAAGUGCGCAGCCAACACAAUACCGAACAUAUAUCCGCGUUUCUUUCCAGGACAAAGAGCAAAGAUCAAAACCCGCCUCCUGUUGGCAACUAUGGAAGGAGGGUCGCGGAUUCAAUGAGGCGCACCAACGAGGUGGAAAACUCCAAGCGGUAGAGUUCGUUGAUCCAAUCCAAGGAGGGAUUGAUGAUCAAAAGACCAAGCAAAUUCAGCUUGAAAGCUCGUCUUUCGAUGGAUUCUGUGUCACAUGGGCGGCAAACCAGGCUAAUGGACCCGCAGGCUGCACAAUUUCUGUCCGAUUUAACUUCCUGUCAACAGAUUUCAGCCACUCCAAGGGAGUGAAAGGCAUCCCAGUAAGACUCUGCGCAAAGACGGAGAUGGUCUCUCAGGUUGGUGUGAAUUCAGGCGCUGAUACAGAUGCGGAGGUGUGUUAUUGCAAGGUCAAGCUGUUCCGGGACCACGGUGCCGAACGAAAACUGUCAAAUGAUAUCGCGCACGUAAAGAAGUCAAUUGAGAAGCUUAGGCAGCAGAUCGCUCAAGCCGAGAUAGGUGCCGGUAAUUACAGCAAGCGGAAGCGUUCCAAUGGGUCGAUGCCUCUCAACAAAAACUCCGAUCUUCGCCCUUCCAAGGUUACAAAACACCGACGAGCCUGGUCCAUGAGUUCUCAAGACGGGCCUGACAGGAUGUCUAUGGAAGACGAUCUCCAUGUCAAGCUCUCACUGAUGCAAGAAAUGUUCACGUCAACUCGACCCGUGAGCAUUCUAUCACUGCGUGGCGACGAGCAAGAUGAUCCAGACCUGUUUCCUGUUCAUCUGCCUGACACACGCCGUUUCAGCAAGAAAGAGGGCCAACAAGGAUCUCAAUUCGGGCUUGACAUAUCAUCGGGUUCUCGGAAUCUAUCUCCAAUGAGCGGUUCCAUUUCACCGAAAUCACCGUUUCAUCUCACGAACCCUCACGCGCAUUACAACUAUGAUUCGGGAGGUCGUGGAUCUAUGAGCGCUCCACAGGAAUCUUUAUCCGAUACCUCUGAGGACAGGACAAUCAUAAAACAUCCGGUGAAAGUACAGAGGGUUCCCACUUCGGAUUCUAAUGUUUCCUUGGGUUUCAUCGAGGCAGUCGAUAUUGAUCCAUCAUACAGACCGCCAGCAGAGAACCCGCCACGACCAAUUGCUUGUUUCUAUGUUCGAUUCCCCCGAAAUGACAAACUCCGGGACAACUAUUACCGAGCAGUCUACCUCACGGAACUGACUGUUCGUGACUUGAUGGAAAAGAUAUCUUUAAAGCAGCAUAUUGACCCACGGCGCAUAGUCCGGGUUCUUCUCGUCAAGCAGAAUGGAAUGAGGAUUAUGGUCGACGAUGAUGUUGUUCGUGAACUUCCGGACGGCCAAGACAUGAUAGCCGAGAUCUCCGAAGCAUCAGUGUUGAACAGCGCAUCGGGCCACGGUAGUGAUCCUAUGAGCCCGGGAGUGGAGGUCAAACUGACCUACUAA